AUGACUCAGGAUGACCAAGGAGCCUUGCAGAUGGACUAUCCCUUCAUCCCUUCUGACUGUUACUACUUCGGCUACCUAGAGGAGAUUCCUCUUUCAAUGGUCACUGUGGACACAUGCUCUGGGGGUCUCGAAGAACUAUACUCGAUAUGUGGUGAGAAGGAUCUUCUCUUCAUUGGACAGCUAGGCAGACAUUAUUUCUUGUUAUCUAUUGUAGUAACCUACACCUCUGCAAGAAGUUUAGGUCUGUAUUAUGAUAAUGAGAACUGUAUUUGCAUGAGAAGGGCAACCUGUCUUAUGUCACAGUACCCUGCUCUGACAGAUGCUUUCAGUGAGUGUUCCUUCGUACAUCUGCGGAAUAUUUUAGUUGCAAACCAUUGUGUUUUUACUGGAGUAGAACGCUAUUUCAAUGCAAGCAUGACAAAUAUGCGUUGUGGUAACUAUAUAGUGGAGGAUUGGGAGACGUGUGACUGUGGCUCCUACAAGCAGUGUUAUAGCAACCCAUGCUGUCAACAUGACUGCGUUUUUGAGCCAGGAGCUAUUUGUAAUGAAGAACUAUGCUGUACAAACUGUACCUACUCUGUUCCUGGAACUCUGUGCAGGCCAAUCCAAAAUAUAUGUGAUCUUCCAGAGUACUGCAAAGGAAAUAACUAUUCCUGCCCAGAUAAUUUUUAUCUGCAAGAUGGAACCCCCUGUACUGAAGAAGCUUACUGCUAUAAAGGAAACUGCACUGAUCGUACUUUGCACUGCAAAGAAAUCUUUGGAAUAAAUUCAGUUAAUGCUAACGAUGCCUGUUAUACAAUAAAUACAAGAGGUGAUCGAUUUGGACACUGUAUACAACUGAGAAAUACACUCACACAUCAAGCUUGUAACAGUGAAGACAUAAAGUGUGGAAGGCUGCAGUGUAGCAAUAUUACUCACGUUCCCUCUUUGCAGGAUCGUGUUUCAUUCCAUCAGUCAAAGAUCUCAGAGUACUGGUGUUGGGGAGUAGACAGAAUCUAUUCCCCAGAAACGACUGAUGUUGGUCAUGUGAGAAAUGGUACCCCCUGUGCUCCUGGAAGAUUCUGUGAGAAUAACUUCUGUAAUGGUACUAUAAGUGCACUAAUUUAUGACUGUCUCCCUGAGAAAUGCCAUUUUAGAGGAAUUUGCAACAAUCAAAGGAACUGCCAUUGCCAUGUAGGCUGGGAACCACCACUGUGCUUACAAAGAGGUUCUGGAGGGAGCAUAAACAGUGGACCCAGUUCAGGAAGAAUUCGCUCAGUGCAAAAAAGUACUCGAGAAAUCUUUUAUUUGAGAGUGGUCUUCGGUCGCCUGUAUGCCUUCAUAGCUGCACUCCUCUUUGGUGUGGCCACAAAUGUAAAGAAUAUCAAGACCAGUGUAGUUAAGGAAGUGACAGAAAAUGUUAAUGCAUUAUAA